GAUUUUUUGUGACAUGUAGCAAAUUGAAUAGUGAGUUGAAAAAAUGUAUAUGGUGGAGAGCAAAGGAGGGGCCAUAGUAUGCAUGCUAUUUUCUCUGUUUUUCUUAGGAACAUGGCCAGCUGUCAUGACUCUAUUGGAGAGGAGAGGUCGUCUUCCUCAGCACACCUACCUUGACUACACUAUCACUAAUCUCUUAGCUGCUGUUAUUAUUGCUUUCACCUUUGGCCAGAUUGGCACUGAUCACCCAAACUUCUUGUCUCAGCUUUCUCAGGAUAACUUGCCUUCUGUUCUAUUUGCCAUGGCUGGUGGGAUUGUCCUAAGCAUUGGAAAUCUAUCCACUCAAUAUGCUUGGGCUUUUGUUGGUUUAUCAGUUGUUGAAGUUAUCACAUCAAGCAUAACUGUUGUUAUAGGAACAACCUUAAAUUAUUUUUUGGAUGACAAAAUCAACAAAGCUGAGAUUCUUUUUCCAGGAGUUGGUUGCUUUCUGUUAGCAGUUUGUCUUGGCUCUGCUGUUCAUUCAUCUAAUACUGCUGAUAAUCAAACUAAGCUUCAGAAUUAUUCAAGUGAUUACAAAGAUGCAGCUAAGGGCACUAGUUUAUCCACUUUGACAGAAACAGUUGAUUCAAAGGAUCUAGAGAAUGGAAGUGAUCCUACAUACAAAGCAAAAGCAGGAACUGCAGUUUUUCUUAUAGAACUUGAGAAAACAAGAUCCAUUAAGGUGUUUGGGAAGAGCACUUUCAUUGGGUUGAGUAUAACAUUCUUUGCAGGAGUUUGCUUCUCUUUAUUCUCACCAGCAUUUAACUUGGCAACAAAUGACCAAUGGCAUACUUUAAAGAAAGGGGUUCCUCAUUUGAGUGUUUACACAGCCUUUUUCUAUUUUUCAGUCUCUUGUUUUGUUGUUGCCAUAAUUCUAAACAUCAUUUUCCUUUACUACCCUGUCUUAAACUUACCAAAGUCAUCAUUGAAAGCUUAUUUGGGAGAUUGGAAUGGAAGAGGAUGGGCCUUGUUGGCUGGUUUUCUUUGUGGAUUUGGCAAUGGACUUCAGUUUAUGGGAGGUCAAGCUGCUGGAUAUGCUGCAGCUGAUGCUGUUCAAGCACUUCCACUUGUGAGCACUUUUUGGGGCGUAGUUUUGUUUGGAGAGUAUAGAAAAUCAUCAAGAAGAACAUAUACACUUCUUGGUAGCAUGUUGUUUAUGUUUAUUGUAGCAGUGGGUGUGCUCAUGGCAUCAUCUGGGCACAGAAAAUGAUCAAGCAGCCUGAAGGAAAUUGUUCAUAAAACUAGAAAGGUGUUGAAAAAACUGGUUCAGUACUCAAACAUAUGCUAUAUACGACGCUUUAGAUUUAAGACGUGUAUAAUGUCAUGCUUGUGUCAGUGUCGAUAACCAAAAUGACACUGAUAGAUAUAAUUACAUUUGAAAUCAAUCAUUUUCAUUGUCUCAAAUUAUUAGGAUGUAUAUACGUGAAUGUGAUGUUCGUGUCUUUGUUAAUGAUUCAUAUUUGAUACAUGUAAAAUAGAAGACACAUUUAAUGGAAAAUAUACUAACAAGUAAUAGAACGGAGGAGGACUACUUCUUCAGCAA